AGCUUGUUUGUUGGAAUUUUAGGUUUUGUCUAUGGUCUUAAGUAUAUUAAAAUAAGUUAUACUAAAUAUUUUCAACAUUUAUUUACCAUUUUUACUACUAAAAAAGCAUUUAAUGUAGACUAAAUUAUAUUAAAUUAAUUAUUAGAUUAAAUUAAUUUACUUAGAUUUGCAAAAUGAACGCACCUCCAACGUUUGAAUCCUUUUUAUUAUAUGACGGAGAAAAAAAAAUUGUUAAAGAAGUUGAUACUAAGGUUACAAAUGCAGCAAUUUUUACUGUAAAUAAAGAAGAUCAUACAUUAGGAAACAUGAUUAGAAAUCAGUUACUAAAGGAUCCAAAUGUAUUGUUUGCUGGAUAUAAACAACCUCAUCCUUUAGAACAUAAAUUUGAACUUCGAAUUCAAACAACAUCAGAUUAUACUCCUCAAGAUGCUCUAACUAAUGCUAUAACAGAUCUAUUAGCAGAACUUUCAUUAUUUGAAGAACGUUUUAAGGAAGCCUUACGCGAGAAGAAAGAAGGACUUGAUUAAUUAGCAUAUAAAUAUGUAUUAUAUUUCCUGAAUUUUAAAGAAAUAAUUUAAACCAAAAGUUAAAUAAAAUGUGUAUAAGAUUUGUGUAUUAAAUUAUUUAAAAUUCUGUAAUAAAUGGUUUUCUUUAUA